AAAUGGCAUAAGCCAAGACAUCAGUCUCAAAAAUCGUGCAAAGACUAGUCUUACGUAAAGCCCAUUCUGACCAAGCUGUUGCGUACGGGUGCAAGUGGUAGAAUGUGUAGGCUGUGAGGCCAGUUACCAGGAGUAUGUUUCAUAGAUUUAACCCCAUAUACACCGUAAGAUGCAAACAGCAAAUACCCUUAGUCUAGACACGUGGUUUCAAGAGCCAGAACAGCUGGUUCCUGUCUUCUAUCAAAAGAUUUCCGCGACCCCAUAUUCUAUUAUUUUUUUUCGACAUUUUUGGUUCUUUUGUCCCUUUUCACUUUUGGUGCCUCCUGUACUCCAUGCUACCACUCCAUCCCGCUUUCCAGCAAACAAAAGUAUUCGACAGGGUAGAAUAGCAGAGUUCCGGCCAAUUUCAGGUCCGGGGGGAUAGCCCCUGAACCAUGAAACAAUUAUUACAAGACAGAGAAAGGAAGGAUAUUGGGUGCCAAGUGG